AUUAUCAUCACCCAUACUCUCCAAUCCGUCUGGUACGGCUAGCUCGUUAUAGCUUCUUACACUCGCUCCUUCCGUUUAGCCGUCUGUCAUAUCGACUACGUUCUCUACGUCUACAUCUACCUACCAGGAAGCCUAGGCCGUCACCAAAGUCUCUCACAAUGAAGUUGUCAGUCUUCGUCAUCGCCGCCUUGGCCAGCCUUGUGGCCGCGCAAUCCUGUGCUGGCGGUGCAGGCUUUUGCGAUGGCAGUGGCCAUUGCCAGGACGGAUCCGGGGUGGUCAGCCCCGACGUAGUCCCCGAAUGCGUUGAUGGAGACGCUGCUCAUGGGGGCGCUACUAGAGGUAGUCGUGGUGGCGCGGCAGCUGGCGGUAAUAAUGCCAAUGGUGGCAACGGUGGAAACGAUGCCAAUAAUGCCAACGGUGCUGACAACGGGGCUUCCUCCGGGGAUAAUAUCAACCAAGGCGGGCCCUGUGCCGGCGGUGCAGGCUUUUGCGAUGGCAGUGGCCAUUGCCAGGACGGAUCCGGGGUGGUCAGCCCCGAUGUAGACCCCGAAUGUUUCGUGUGAAUGAGAUGUCGGCCCUGUAACGGUGUUACGGGGUAACCAACUAGUAAACCUGGGCCGUGGUUGGUCUAUGUUGACAGUAGGAUCAAGCGUUGUAUUGAGUAGUGGUAGUCACGUUUGGUGACGUACAAAGCGGAGCAUUGUGUAACCAAGUUAUAGUAUUGAUAGCUAGAGAGCUAGUUUAUAUAUAAAGGGUGUAAAAUGAGUGGAGUCUAU